AUGACUCGUCCGCCACCAGGCGUGAGCUUCGCGCAAUUCUUCCCCAACGCCCCGAAGUUUAAGACAGAAGUCCAAGGACGUGCCGACCGAGAGCGGUCGAAGCGGGGCGUUCAGGCAGUUGAUACAGCGCAAGAAUCAGCCGUCGUGACAGAUGCCGAUACGAAUGAUCUCGCUCGACCUUGCCAAAAUAUUUCCUCCUCAUCAGAUACCACGCAGCCACAUGCCGAUGAUAACGGCUCGUCGCCUGGGGAUAUGCCUAGUACCGUAGGCUCAGCAAGUUCCCAUGCUAGCUCGUCCUCUUCACUAUUCAGCGCUUCCGCGUUACCAGUUGCGACAGCCACGUCUUCCGUGCCAUCUAUGAAUGCGACUCCCUUCACUUCCACAGAUUCGCCUUCCUCUAUCCACGCGCUUGCGAAAUCAAACAUGUCUACGCCCUCAGUCGUCGAACGGGCCUUGGACCAUACCAUGCCCGCUGGCCAACGCCUGCAGCAGGACGGCAUCCCUUCAAUUGAACGUCCCCUAGCUCGAGAUCCGUUGCUUUCGGUUAAGGGCAUCAAAUGCACCUAUGACCCGCUCCUCGAUCGACUUCGCAAGAAAAAUGUGAACAAGAACGCGAAACCAGUUUACAAGGAGUUUGGCUUGGAAGAUGACGCCCCCCCUGCGGAUCCUCGCCUAACAAAGGCAGGAGAUAGGUUAGCAUACAUCAACACAGACUAUUAUUUGCCCAAAGCACGCCUACGGCAUGCUCCAGAGAACCUCAAGCCGUACCCUUAUGACCCAAAAACAUCCAUUGGCCCCGGCCCUCCCACACAAGUCCUUGUUACCAGAUACAACCCUUUGGUGUCUUUCAACAAAGUGAUAGCCAUCUUUGCUGCCUUUGGAGAAAUUGCCGAGAGCAGCAACAAAAUGCACCCAGAUACAGGCAGUUAUCUUGGUUUUGCGACCAUCCGAUACCGCGAUUCCAAGCGCCCAGACCGUCCAAGGGUAUCUGCUAUUGAUGCUGCGCGACGCGCCGUUCGUACUCGAGGAAUCAAAGUCGACGCCGAUGUUGUCAAGGUUGAAUACGACCCCGAAGGCCGGAAGAGUCGGCGCAUGCUGGAAGAAGUCUUAAAAAGAGAGAGAGAGAAGCUGGCUAAUGAGUCGGCUCGGUCAAAGCCUCCUCCAACUGGGCCAAAAUCAGCGACCGCCCCCGGCUUUGUGCGGCCACCGCCGACGGCACCCAAAGGCCCUGCGUCCCAGAGGGCCCCUCCUCCAGUGACUGUACCCCAAUCUACCCAGCCGGCUCAAGUAACAGCGCCAGCAGCAGCGCAGGCUCGCCCUCACGGAAUCGUCGAGUCACAAAUCAUUAGCUCCCAGCUGGCCAAUGACCCAUAUAUCUUUGUAGGGAGUGAAAGCGUCCCUACUUUACCCAGCAUAAUACCACAUAUGAAGAAGCGAUUAAAGAAUUAUGGAUUCGAAGAUAUUCGCCUCGAUAAAACAGGGUUCUACAUUGUUUUUCGAAAUUCAUAUACUGGGCGUAGCGAAGCAGAACGAUGUUUUCGGGCUGUUAAUCACACCGAAUUCUUCAACUACAACAUGGCUAUGCAGCUUUGCUUGCCACGGUCAGCGUAUAUCGAUUCCGCCCCGAGGUCGAGCCCUAGCCCCGAGCGAGCACCGAGAAGAGAUCACCGAGCGGAAAAGGCCGAGCAGGAAAGGAGGCGCCGAGAAGAAGAGGCAGAUCUCGAAGAAGAAAAGAGGCAGAGGGCUAAAAAUUUUGACCCUGUAAUCGCCGCUAUGGAGGUUGUUCGGCGUGAAAUGACGGAACAUCUCAUCAGGCAUAUUCGCACGCAAAUCGCAGCUCCUGCGUUGGCCGAUUUUCUCGAUCCAGCCAAGCAUGUUGCCAAGAGACGGAAGCUUAACAUCGAUCCUAUGGAAACAGAAGAGGAUGCUUUCGAUAGCGGCAGUGUCAGCCCUAAAUUGGGGACGCCGAACUCUCGGGCAGACCCUAUCGAACGUCGAACUGGCCGUUUGGAGCCCAAAGCCCUCCCAAGAAUUCGAAAGAGCAAAACAAAAGGUCUUGCACACCGUAGCACCUUCGUCGAUCCUUUUGCGCGGAAACGCGCCUCGGCAGCUCGCGCAGCCUUUCGAUCAUUACAUCAUCGUCUCAAAAGCCUGGAUAGUGAUUUUGAAUCUGAUGAUGAUACCGAUGCAAGAGUAUUGGCAGCGCGAGAUACAAGCCACUUGGAAUCACGCCCACGGAGUCGCAUGAGCACCGAUGACGAGGCCUCCAAGGAUGAUUUUGCUUCCUGGGGCCCCGCCGAAGAUGACUCUAUGACGGAGGCUAGUCUUGCUAUUGACAGUGCGCAUAUCAAGAAGCGAAAAUUGGAAGUUUCAAUCGAGGCUGCCUUCAAAAGACAGAAGAAAUCCGAUGAAGAGUUGUUUGGUGUUAAAAUUGACCAGAUCGAUGCGGAGUUCAAGGUAGUCGAGGACUCGGACGACACUGGUUUGGAGCUGGAAGCAGCUGGAGAGCGGGAAGAUUCGGCUGCGCUCGUUGAGGCACCAUCCGAAAAGCUGUCCAAGACGAAGUCAGCUAAAUCCAAACGGAAAUCUAUGAAACAGCUGCUCCAGGAACGAGAGACGUCAAAGAAACAGCUAGAAGCGGAAUCUCAACUUUCUGAUGCGGAUGAAGCUGCAGACGAAGUGAAGCCCACAAUCGAGGAUGUGCCAGAGGCCGAUAUCGUAAUCGAGAAAUACGAUGAAAAGCUUUUCGCGACCAAGCCAAUGACGGCGGCGGCAGCACUCCCUGACGGAUUCAGGCCUGACAUUGCAUCUUUAACUUCUUUAUCCCUGGGUCCCAAGGACGUUCCGGACCUCAGUAGGCUGCUCAAGAGAUUUCAGACCGAGGAGAUUGGCAAUCCCGAGCUAUGGCUGUGGAAACGGAAUCGCGUCAGGGAGCUCAACACAGCCGAUAGCGUUCAGCGCGGCCCAGUCCGCAUUGAAGGCUACUACGUGCCGAAUGCAAGCGGCUGUGCGCGAACUGAAGGAGCCAAUAAAAUCUUGAAUUCAGAGAAGUCAAAAUAUCUGCCCCAUCACAUCAAGGUUCAAAAAGCCAGAGAGGAGCGGGAGGCCAAUUCCAAGAAGACGGGGAGAGAUGCCACAGCAGCGGCGAAUGAAGCUGCCAGACUGGCUGCUGAGAAGCUCAUUUCCAAAGGCAAUUCCCGAGCCAACCGCGCCACUAAUCGACGAUACGUCGCAGAUCUUAAUGACCAGAAGAAGACGCUCGGGCAGGACUCGGACGUGUUCAAAUUCAACCAGCUUAAGAAGCGGAAAAAGCCUGUCAAGUUUGCCCGCUCUGCCAUUCAUAACUGGGGCCUAUACGCUAUGGAGAACAUCAAUAAAGACGACAUGAUUAUCGAGUAUGUGGGUGAGGAAGUUCGACAGCAGAUUGCAGAGAUUCGGGAGAACCGCUACCUCAAGAGCGGCAUUGGCAGUAGUUAUCUCUUUCGGAUUGAUGACAACACAGUCAUCGAUGCUACGAAAAAGGGAGGCAUUGCACGGUUCAUCAACCAUAGCUGCAUGCCAAACUGUACUGCCAAAAUUAUCAAAGUCGAAGGCAGCAAGCGAAUCGUCAUCUAUGCCCUACGCGAUAUUGCUAUGAAUGAGGAAUUAACCUACGACUACAAAUUUGAGCGGGAAAUCGGCAGUUUGGAUCGUAUUCCAUGCCUAUGUGGCACAGCAGCGUGCAAAGGGUUCCUCAACUAA